AUGAAUCAAUCAUCAUCAAAUUCUUUUAAUAACAAUAAUAACAACAGUAAUAUCAAUAAGAAUGAUCAAUCAGAAGAUAUACCAACAAGAGUAUCAAGUAGAAAAGGUAAAAAUCUUCAUGUUGCACAUAGACGUUCACCAUCUGAAUUAACAACUUUAAUGGUUGAACAAUAUAAUUUACAACGUCAAUUGGAUCAAGUACAAGCUCAACAAAAACAAAUUUUGGAGCAACAACAGCAACAACAACAACAGCAGCAGCAUCAAGUACAACAACAUCAGUAUCCCCAACAACCAUCAUAUCCAGACAAUAAUUGGACUUGGGGUGUUAGUAGUGAGAAUCCAAAUACAAUUAAUAACGUCAAUAACAGUAAUAAUGCUACUGGUAACUUAAACCGUGGAUCACAUUCAAGAUCAUCAUCAAUCAAUACUCAUAGACGAACUGGAUCAGCAAGUGGAACUGCUCAUGGACAUUCAAGAAGACAUUCAUUAGCAUUAAAUGAAGCAAUUGCAGCUGCUGAUCAUCAAAGAACUAAUAGAUCAACUACUAGUCCUAAAUUACAACAUAAUUCUGAUAUAGAAGAUGAUUCCACUAAUAAUAAUAAACCUGGAUCAUUUAAAUUUCCACCUGAUAAACCAAAUGAACCAUCAAGUCCCACUUUCCAAGCUGCUCAUAAUAGAUCAAGAUCAAUGGCUUAUGGUCAGAAUCAACCAUCUUUUAAAUUUCCUGCUCAACCAUCUGAUAAUUCAAAUAAUUUAUUACCACCAACUCCAAAUUUUAGUAUUACUCAAUCACCAGAAAGAGGAGGUUCUCACAAUAGAAGAGCAUCACAUUUUAGAACUCAAUCAAGAAAUUCCGAAGGUAUGAAUCAAAAUUGGAGAGGACAACAACAAUCACCGCAACAAUUACAAACACAACAUCAUAAUCAACAACAACAGCAUCAAAGACAAUCAUCUACAUUAGAACCUCCUGGAGUUUUCAUUCCUGGUCAUAGACCACGCAAUAGUUCAUAUGGUGGUGGAUCUUCCGUAUCUUCAUUAUCGCAUUUUUUACCAAAUAUACCAGUUCAACCAGGAUCACAACCAACAAGUGGUAGUAAUAAUGGACGUAAAUCAUUAUUUGCUCCUUAUUUACCACAAUCAUCACUUCCAGAAUUAAUUAAUGAAGGUAGAUUAGUUACUGGUACCUUAAGAGUUAAUAAAAAAAAUAGAUCAGAUGCAUAUGUAUCAACAGAUGGAUUAUUAGAUGCUGAUAUUUUCAUUUGUGGUUCAAAAGAUCGUAAUCGUGCAUUAGAGGGAGAUUUAGUAGCUGUUGAACUUUUAAUAGUUGAUGAAGUUUGGGAAUCAAAAAAGGAAAAAGAAGAAAAAAAGAGAAGAAAAGAUCAUAACACAAGACCUUUAAAUGAUGAUAUUCAUAAUGAUGCUACUUCAGCUCCUAUAACAUCAUCAUCUGAUAAAGAUGAUAAGGAUGAUGAAUCAUUAUUAGGUAGAAGAGGAUCUUUAAAACAAAGACCAACAAUGAAAAAAAAUGAUGAUGUUGAAGUUGAAGGUCAAUCUUUAUUAUUAGUGGAAGAAGAAGAAAUUAAUGAUGAAAUUAAACCACUUUAUGCAGGUCAUGUUGUUGCAGUAGUUGAUAGAAUUCCAGGUCAAUUAUUUUCAGGAACUUUAGGAUUAUUAAGACCAGCUCAAGCAGCUCAAGCAGCAAGAGAUAAAAAAUCAGGUAAUGAUUCAUCAAUUCAUACACCUAAAUCCCCUAAAAUUGUAUGGUUUAAACCAACUGAUAAAAAAGUUCCAUUAAUUGCUAUACCAACUGAACAAGCACCAAGAGAUUUUGUUGAAAAUCAUGAAAAAUAUGCUGAUCAAUUAUUUGUUGCAUCUAUAAAAAGAUGGCCAAUUACUUCAUUACAUCCAUUUGGUACAUUAGUUUCAAAAUUAGGUAAAAUUGAUGAUCCAGAAGUUGAAGUUGAUUCAAUUUUAAGAGAUAAUAAUUUUCUUUGUGAUGAAUAUCCAGAAGAUGAUAAUGAUUAUGUUACUUAUGAUAUUCAACCUGUUGAAUCAGAAUUUUCAAAUCCAAAUAGAAUUGAAUAUUUAAAUGAUUAUAUUAUUGCUUUUUCUCAAAAUGGAGAAUUUGUGGAUCAUGCAUUACAUGUUAAAAGAUUGUCAAAUACUAAAAUUGAAUUAGGAUUUCAUGUUGCAGAUAUUGCUCAAUUUGUAAAAGCUGGUUCAACAGUUGAUCGUAAAUCUAAAAAGAGAUCAACUUCCAUAUUUUUGCCACAAAAAUCAGUUCAUUUAUAUCCAAAACAAGUUAAUAAUAUAGUUUCAUUUAAAGAAAAUGAAAAAAACUUAGCUAUUUCAGUUGUUUUUGAAAUUGAUACAACUAAUUUUGAAGUUGAAGAUUUAUUUAUUCAUGAAUCUAUAAUUAUACCAAAACAAAUAGUUUCUUAUAAAUCUUUCAAUAAGAUUAUGGAUAAUAAUAAAAUCGAACAAAUUUCAUCAGCAACUUGUGAUUAUUUAAAAACUUUUAGUCUUAUUGCAAAAGAAUUCCGUCGUCAUCGUUUAUCAAAUAAAUCACUUGGUAUUUCACCAAAUUUAUCAUUAUUAGAUCAAUUAGAUGAUGAAAAAGUUUCAUUAAGUUUAAAUAUUUUUGAUGAUAAUCUAGCAUCAGAUAUAAUAUCAGAAAUUGGAUUAAAAGUAAAUUCAGCAAUUGCUGCAAAAAUUCAAGUUGGAUUAGGAAAUAAAGCAUUUUUAAGACGUCAAGCAUUACCAACUUUACAAAAAAUUGAAUCAUUUGUUAGAAAAGCUAAAAAUUUAGGUUUUAAAAUUGAUACUACAAAUUCUGCAAGUUUACAAUCUUGUAUAUUAAAAGAAAAUUUAAAUAAUCAAAGAAUUUUAGAAACUUUAUUUUAUAAAUGUUCAACAAGAGGUAAAUAUUUUAUUGCUGGUAAACAAGAUCCAGAUUCUUAUAAUCAUUUUUAUUUUAAUUUACCAUUAUUUACUCAUUUUACUGCACCUUUAAGAAGAUAUGCAGAUUUAAUUGUUCAUAGACAAUUAAAAUCUGUAUUAAAUAAAACUAAUGAUGAUACUGAUAUUGAAUCAUUAAAAUCAUUAGCUGAUUAUUGUAAUUUUAAAAAAGAUUGUGCUGCAAAUGCUCAAGAACAAUCUACUCAUUUAUUAUUAUCACAAACUAUCAAUGGGUUAAGUGAAAGUGCUGGACAAAUUUUAUGUAUGGGUACAAUUAUUCAAGUUUAUGAAUCAUCAUUUGAUGUUUUUAUACCAGAAAUUGGAGUUGAAAAAAGAGUUCAUGGAGAUCAAUUACCUUUAGUUAAAGCAGAAUUUGAUAAAAAUAAUAGAGUAUUAGAAUUAUAUUGGGAAAAGGGAUUUGAUUCAGCAACUUAUGUACCACCAGAUGAAAAAUCUUUAUUAUCUUAUAGAAAUUCUAUAAAAAAUAAAUAUAGAACUUCUUCAUUACAAGCUGCAAAAAUUCAAAAUAGAUCAAUUUUAGAAAAUAAUAAUAAUGUUUUUACAACUGAUUCAAUAGUUGAAAAAUUAAAUAAAUUGAAUUUAGAAGUUCCUGAAUUUGUAAUUCCUCAAUUAAAAAAUAAUAGCAAUAAUCAUCACAAUCAUAAUAAAUCUCAUAAUAUUAAUAAUCAAGAUCCAUCAACUAAAUCAAUGCCUACUUCACCAAUUCAAUCACAUGCUCCAAAAAAUCCAAGAACUAAUUCAUCAACAGGAUUUGGAGAUUUAAAUGAAGAACCAAUAUCAUCAACCACCACCAACACAUCUCACAACAACACCAACAAAUCAUCAUCAUCAUCAGGUUUAACUCCAUAUAUUCAAAAUCUUGAAUUAAAACAAGAAGGUGAUUAUAAUAUUCAAAUCAUAAGAGAAUUAAAUGAAAUUCCUGUAUUAUUAAGAGCUGAAAUUGGUAUGACUUUACCUUGUUUAAGUGUUAGAUGUGUUAAUCCUUUUAUGUGA